CUCCCGGAAGCACCGGGAGCCGGAGCGAGCCGAGCUGGGCCGGCGGUGAGCGGCGAGCGGGGCCGCCGGGCGGGCGCGCAGAAAGGAAAAGGUCAAGAAAUGUCUGCCCAUUUAAAGUACCUUUCCUUGGGCAUCCUGGUUUUUCAGACCACAAGUUUAGUGUUGACCAUGCGCUAUUCUCGGACACUGAAAGAAGAAGGACCUCGUUACUUAUCCUCUACUGCAGUAGUUAUUGCUGAACUUCUGAAGAUUUUGGCCUGUGUUCUAUUAGUCUACAAAGACAGCAAAUGCAAUUUACGAACUCUGAACAGAGUGCUACGUGAUGAAAUCCUUAACAAACCCAUGGAAACCCUUAAACUCGCUAUUCCUUCAGGAAUUUACACUCUUCAGAACAACUUGCUAUAUGUAGCAUUGUCAAACCUAGAUGCAGCCACAUACCAGGUUACAUAUCAACUGAAAAUUCUCACCACAGCAUUGUUUUCUGUGUCCAUGUUGAGCAAGAAACUGGGCGUAUACCAGUGGCUGUCACUAGUAAUAUUGAUGACAGGAGUGGCAUUUGUGCAGUGGCCUUCAGACUCUCAAGCAACACCUGCUAAGGAGCACUCAGCAGGAUCACAGUUUGUAGGCCUGAUUGCAGUUCUCAUAGCGUGCUUUUCUAGUGGAUUUGCUGGAGUUUAUUUUGAGAAAAUUUUAAAGGAAACUAAGCAGUCUGUGUGGAUCAGAAACAUUCAGCUUGGAUUUUUUGGUAGCAUAUUUGGACUGAUGGGUGUUUACAUUUAUGAUGGAGAGCAACUGUCAAAGAAUGGAUUUUUUCAAGGAUACAAUAAACUUACUUGGGUGGUGGUUGUUCUACAGGCACUUGGAGGGCUGGUGAUUGCUGCUGUUAUAAAGUAUGCGGACAACAUUUUAAAGGGAUUUGCAACUUCUCUCUCCAUUAUACUGUCAACAUUGAUCUCCUAUUUCUGGCUGCAAGAUUUUGUCCCUACAAGUGUCUUUUUCCUCGGAGCCAUCCUUGUAAUAGCAGCUACUUUUCUAUACGGUUAUGAUCCCAAACCUGCAGGAAAUCCCAUUAAGGCAUAGCAGACUUCCUCAUCAACCUGCUUCUCGAGAUCAUGCACUGGGGGCCUUGCUAGCACUGGCAUGUGGGAAGUGUCACUGUGCACUGCAAGGGAAGGAUGACUGCCCUGAAUUUAUUGAAGAAAUGCUGAAGAGUAGUUCUGAACAGCCAGAGGGGUUACAGGUGGAGGGUGAUGCUGUCUGCAACUGAAGGGGGGGGAAAUGUCGGGGAAUGCCCAGUGCAACUUGCUAAUAAAAACUUGAAAGGAACCAAAAGUUUCAAGAAACUACAAUUAGGAAUGUUUACAGCUUUGACUGAGAUUGCAUCAAAAGAAUUACUGUAUUGACUGCUGCAGAAAUGUGUCCUAUGCACUCUUUGAAAGAGCACACGACAACAUUGUCAGAUUGUAUGUUUUUGCUAUUCAAUUCUAUUUAAUCUUAGUAAAUAUGUUUUUAACUGUUUGUCUAUUUACGUGAAAUGAGCAGAAAGUCAUAGUUCUAAAGUGAUGGUUCUAAUUAGGUACUCCUUAUUAAAACUGAAAAUUGAAGUAUGAUUGAAAGACACUUUCACAAUAUCAAAUAUUUUUAUAUUUUUAGAAGGCUGAUUUAAUAACAGAAAUCUGUUAUUAAAUAAUAUUAUAAUUCUGUUGCUUCUGUAAAACUGUUGUAAGAAUGUUAACAUUCUCACUGAAGUGCAAAGGGAGGAAUACUCCAGCCUUCAUCAGCCUGUAGUGUUGGAGCAGAUGGAAUAACUCUGGGAACACAGGCUGGAGGUUACCACACUAAUCUGGGAGCAGCAGUAGGGUUGUGAUGGGUGCUUGCUCAGAUGUGAUGUUUAUUCUUUAUUUUUUUUUACUGAUUAUAAAUCAACUUUUUAGUAGAAACUUAAAAGUAGUUUUUGUGCUUUAAAUAGCCUCUGAAGAUUUUUUUAAACCAUUAUUUCAAAAAACAAAGAGCUCAUAAUAGGCAUUUUAAAGGCAUUAUCAUUGUCUGUAACAGCUCCAUCUGGAGAUAUUAUGGUGUGGCAUCUGUAUAGUGUACUGUACUUUAUUACAGAGGUGUUUUUUAAACAAGUGUUGUUUUCUCAUGAACUCUUCCAGGCUUUUUCUGUAUAUUUCUAUGUAAUGGCUUAAUUAGAGUUUUGGUGGGGUUUUUUAAAUUAUUAUUAUUUUGUUCUGAGAGUCCUUGAGCCAACAGACCAAAGUGGGUUCUCUGGACCUAUUUGUUCUAGUAGUGGAAUUACUUUAAUAGGAAAUACAAUUAAAAAGCAAUUAAUUGUGCAAUAGGUAAAUCUAAAAGCAUGCUGUUAUUCUGUUUAAAACAAAAGAAAAAAACCUUCACAAAGAAACCUUGCUGCAAUUAGAUCAAUUAGACUGUUAUGAACACUUCACUUGAAGAAUUUGCAUAUAGUUAGAAACACUAAAAAAAUCUAAAACUAAUAAACAAAAAAAAUCUGUCUUAAAAAUCAUUGGUUUUCAGGUUCACAAUGGAUGUUAAUGUUGGGUGACUCGUGUGACACCUGUGAUGGUGCAUUCAUAUAAAAGCAUUUUAGAAGUCCCUUACCAGUAAAAUGGCAAGUGGUAAAAAUGGCUUCAUUCCUUUCUUCCCUCCAUGCCACCACCCCCUCCAUGCUGUUUCUCACAUCUGUCUUGUUCUAAAGAAAAUGUGUAAUAGAAAUGUGUUUUAAAAUGUUUACCGAAGUACCUCAUCUGAUUGACAAGGAGAUUCUGUAGGAGUGCUCUGAGAUUUCAUAGUGAAGUAUUGUAAAUGGGAAAGGAAGAAUUCCACUUAUGUCAGUCAAGUAAAAAUAGUUUCUUUCUUCUGUUGGCAAUUACAUGUUUUAUCAACAUUGUGUUUGUUUGUCUUAUCAGAGCAAGACAUUAAAGAAAUAUCAGAGCUCUGCCUAGGGCUUGCUAAGCUUUGUGAACUGUGAAUCUGUCCCAGCAUGUUGUAAUUGCAGUAGCUUUGCUACUUGGCGAUCAACUAUCUAAAUGGGCAUUCUAUGUUAAUAUUAAAUCUUUUACGUAUAACAUUCAAUGUGGCACAAUCUUUGACAAGUCACAUUUAGCCAUUUCCCCCUGCAGUGCAGCCUGAGGUAAGGCCUGUGCAUAGAGCAGCGGCUCACAGCGAUGCCAAGUACAGAAUGGGACCUGCACAGCUCUGAAAUGAGGUGGGAGGUGUUGGGAGUGAUCUCUCAACUGGAGUUUGGCCCUACACAGUAAUACUUUUGAUUUUGUAAAACACAGUAGUGGGAGUGUUCAAGUGAUACAAUUGGUUACUUUCUUAAGAAAAGUCUCCAAAAAACAUAAAAAGCAGGUUGAGAACACUUUAAAUCCAGUUGUACAGGAAGGGACCAAAAAAGCCAAAUAAUUACCACGUGGCUGGAACUCUGGGACAUGUAGCCUGGUUUUAAUAUUUCAGGUGCAGCUGUCAAUAUUUGCCAGGAUGUUUAAAGGAAGCACCAGGCAUAUGUGCUCUUUGCUUUGGAAUAGGAUGCCAUGCAGCUUUGGAAAACUGUCUGCUGUACUAAGGAACAGUAACUCCUGUCUGUAAAUCAAUGACUUCCAUGCUUUCACUUGACAGACCAAUUCUGUUUUCCAGCAGAAGGAUAGAUCUCGUCACAGACUUGUUGCUGAAAAGGAAGAAUGAAUUAGAAUUUUCCGCUGUGUUUCCUCAGAGAGAGGAAAGGCUCUUCUCUGAGGUGUGACUCUGGACAAGGGGAGGUAGCAUGUGUUUUAUGAGAACAGAAAGGAUUUGAGGAGGGCUGACUGAUUUCUGUAACCUUUGCAUCGGGGACCAUAUGCACAUUUUCUCACUGAGAUACUUUUGUAUUUGGAUUUUUAUUUUUUUUUUAAGUAGCUUUAAGUCUAUUACUCAUUAACUAACCAAAGAGGAAUAGCUAGCACAGAGUUUUGGGAGGUACUGGAUAAUGUGCUUUGAGUUAGCCCUAAAAGCAAAUGCUGUAGGAGUGUAACUUCCCAAAAAUAAACUUGUCUUUCUGAACUAUUUUCUGACUUUUAGACAAUUGUUUUGUUAGUUUAGUUGUAUAUUUAGGAGGCUAACCUAUACUUAGCAGAAUUUUGUUUAAAUAUUUAUAAAGUUAUAGAAGUUAUAGCUAGCUAUUUAUUUGCAAUAACUUGAAUUAUGUGAUUUUUAUUUCUAGACAUAUAUUGGGUAUACUAGUAUUUAUUGAAUACUUGGAUAUUUGGUAGUUUUAUUUGAGAAUCUCUGGGAUACAUUGUAAAUGGUCAAAUAAUGAUAAACUUAGGACUAUCUUCAAGGCAAAAUAGAUCAGUGUUUAAAAAACUUGAGUCUAAUAAAGUAAGACAAACUUCUUUCAACAUUGUAUUUCUAAACAAUCCAUAAGUCCCCAAAAAUGUAUUUUCUCAAAGAAUUCAGAUAAUUGUAUAGUUUUGUUCAACUUCAUUGCUUUAGACAAACUUUAAGAAAACCUCCCUUUUUAUUUGUUUCAGUAAAGGGUAGGUUCAUGUUCUAGAUUAAACUUCUACAGUGUAACACUUUUGGUUUUUUAUUACAAUGUUUUAGCAACUAUUGUUUUAUUUUUCCUCAAAAAGACAAAACAAUCUCAUUUUGCUUGUGUUCCAUGCACAUACAGACCUCUCAGAGACUCUUAGUAGUACAUAAUUCUUUUGUGUGUGUUUCUAACUUAUUUUUGUGGCUGUAAUUCAAAAUACUGUAAUAGAUUGUGUUCAUUUUUUAAAAUUGAUAAAUGAAACAUUGCAUUUCUUCUGGUUUUUGUUGCCAGUAACUUUCACAUUUGAAUGUAUUUCCUGGUCAGCCCUGCAUGUUCUGUUGUAUUUAAGCAAUUGUAAUUUUCCAAAUUUGAAUUUGUUGCUCGUUUUCCUCCUGGUGACAAUGUUUCUUGCUGGAUAUUGUGUUGAGGAGAAUUAUUCAUUCCUUUCAUAUCUGAAAUCUAUGUUUGUGAGAAUGAGUUCUUAAAAAACAGUAAGGGUUUUGGGGUUUUUUUUGUGUAUUGGAAAGGUAACAGUUAUGUAUAACAUAGUAUUAUACCAUAUAUGUGUAAUGUGUCAUUACCUAAGAUGGUGCAUUACUGUGAGAAAGUCCAAAUAGUGUUUCCUUGCCUUUGUUUUAAUUGUCCUUUUCAUUUUUAAUGCUGAUUAUUUUGCACAGGAAGAGAAUCCUGCUCAUUCCAGGUAAGCUCAUUGUAUGUUUUUAGGUAUCUAGAAUUAAGACAUUUUACUAAAAAAAAAUUUGGGGCAAAAUGCAACAAAAUACGUGGAAUUGAUUAGAUCAUAUCCUCUGCUUCAGUUACUGUCCAAAGUUCUGUUCAGUUGAAUUCUUACCUUUUUAUAAGUAUUUCUCAGCUGAAUUUAUAACUCUUUCUAAAAGAAAAAAAUAGUGUCUGACCUGCCAUUCAGUGCUUGUUCUUGUUCUUGAAUGUCUGCUGCACAUUUGCAUCCAAGAGUAAAUGUGGCACAUUAACUUGUCUGCAAUCUCCUAUCAUCAUUCUGACUGUAAUUAGCCAUAUUCAUUUCAUUAGUGAUUUAUAGCUCAGUAAGAAUUAUUUAUAUGCUAAGCAUAUGUUUGUAUUUGCUGCCAUGAGUAUGAUUUUUUUAGAUUUUUUAAACUUUGUCCUUAUUGUCAAUAUAUGAGCCCAAAUAUAUUAUUCAAACAUUGUAGCAAAAUUUUUAAGGUAGUUCUAGUUUUUUAUAUGUUGAUAUUUGUGUGUGAUUACGUUGAAUACAGUUCUGAUAUGUGUGUUUCCAGGCAGUUUGGAAAAAGUUUUUUUUUUUUUUGGUCUAACACUGCUGAACACUGGAAUGCAUCUUACCUGACCUAACACAGUCCUUGUUUUAAUCCAUGUUGAGGUAAAAUACUGUAUUUUAUUUUCUUCUAUAUGAGUAGGUAAUGCCACUAUAGUAAUAAACUGGUUGAAAUUAAGCAUUGGCUUUAUUAAGAAUACGAUCUAAAACUGUUAGAGAGCUUUGUUGAAAGGAGAGGCUUGUCUUAUGCAUAUUUUUGCAGAAAUAAAACAACAUUCUAGCUAAUGCUUAUUAUUUCACAAUAUAAUUUUAGUAUAAUUUUCCAUAAAUUCUGGAAGGCUAUUGGAUGUUUUUUUAAUGGUAUCUUUUAACAUACAUCUUACUGAAUGAUGCCAGCAAUUUAAUUUUGACUGAGACAUGCUUCUUUUUGACCAUUUUGUCAUGAUUUCUUGCAGUGUUCUUGUGAUGCGCUUCUGGUCUGAAACCCCAGAUGUGCCCUGAACCAGGGGUGGUAGGAAGCACCUGAGUAUCAAUACCGAGUUAUAGUGUGGGGUGUGGUUGUAAAACACUGUAACACUGUAAGGAGCUAUGAAUAGCUGUAAUUUACAGUAUAUCAAAGACCUGAACAGAGUUCACAAGCAACUUCUCUAGAUGAUGGAUACCAUGUUUCUAUGCCCGUUCUGCAGAUUCAUAUAAUAAAACUGGGUCAUUUCAGCAGCAAUUUUCAGGACA